CCUCGGACUCUGACUUCCCUGCGCCAUGGCUUCUCCUAGCAAGGCAGUGAUUGUUCCCGGGAACGGAGGCGGGGAUGUGACCACCCAUGGCUGGUACGGCUGGGUGAAAAGGGAGCUGGAGCAGAUACCUGGUUUCCAGUGUUUGGCUAAAAACAUGCCUGACCCAAUUACAGCUCGAGAAAGCAUCUGGCUGCCCUUCAUGGAGACAGAACUGCACUGUGAUGAAAGGACCAUCAUCAUAGGCCACAGUUCCGGGGCCAUUGCGGCCAUGAGGUAUGCAGAGACCCAUCAAGUAUGUGCUAUUGUAUUAGUGUCUGCAUACACAUCAGACUUGGGAGAUGAAAAUGAGCGUGCAAGUGGAUACUUCAAUCGCCCCUGGCAGUGGGAGAAGAUCAAGACCAACUGCCCUCACAUUGUCCAGUUUGGCUCCACUGACGACCCUUUUCUUCCCUGGAAUGAACAACAAGAAGUGGCAGAUCAGCUGGGAGCCAAACUGUACAAAUUCACUGACCGUGGUCACUUUCAAAACACAGAAUUUCAUGAACUGAUUAGUGUGGUAAAGUCUGUGCUGAAAGUACCAGAAUAAUCAGGAUGCUCCUGUUACUUUGUAACCCAGUAGAGGAGAAGAGUAGUACAUCUAGUACCAGUCAAUUACUAGACAUAAAUCAUUCAUUUAAGCUCUGAAAGUGCCUGAAAAAUACAAGUUUCAAUGUUCACACAAUGUUAGAAGCAACAUUUUCAUUUCCCUAGAAUCUUACUCUUCCCAAAUUGCUAUAAACUACAGCGUAUUUUUCUUACUGAUAUGGGACAGGAUAAUUUAGCCACCCUAUUUAUCCAAAGACAGUAAGUCAGAAAUGGAACCCAGGCUUCUCAAUUCUCAGUCCAGAUUAAAACUAUAUAGGCUUUCAUGUAUGUUGUAGAGUAGUACUCUUUUACUCCUUGAAAUAAAACGUGUAUUUUAUUUAGAAAACAUGACUAAAGGUCCAGACUGUUGGCUGAGAGCUCACAGCAAUAGCUGCUGUGUCAAGCUGACCCAGGAUAUUAAACUCAAACUUGCACUUUUACACUGACAAACAUAUCCCCCGACCCCAGGUCCUUCAGAUAGGCUGAGAGAGAACAAUAUAUAAGGAUGCUGAGUCAGGGAUCUCUUGGAAUCAAGCAGGGAACUAAAGCACAGCCUAUUAUUUGAAUUCUAACUUGUGUAAAAUAAGACUGGUGGGAUUAGGGUGAUGUAGAGAGUUUAUGCGCUGUCAGAAUUGUUACCAUGUGGAAAUGUGACAAGGUAUUGCCAAUUUUCUGAGUUUUCAUAUGGUGGUUUUAAAUUCAGGAAAUAUGUAUGUAUGCACAUAUAAUCCAUAUGUAUGUGAACUAUGUCCAAUUCAUACAUAUGGCUUAUGGCAGCUGGCGACAACAGUAUAAAUAAAAAAAUGUGCAAACACUGCAAUAUAAAGAACGAGCCAUCCUUCUACAAAGUUCAAGACUAAGAUAAUCAAAGUAAACAUGUCAAAGGAUGAAAAACAUGGGAACAAUUUGGAUUUUGUUGCAAAGUCUUAAGUAUUUUUUAAAAUAACAUUUCUGUACGUUAAGUUUUGUUCUAUAAAGAGUUCAGUCUCUUAACUUUGUGAAGAUCUCUUUCAAGAAUUAUUCCAGGACUUUUCUUCUGAUCAUACUCCAAAUAACAAAAUAAACCCUUUUUUCAUUUCCCAAUAUUUUUUUGGCUACUAUGUUGCCUGAGUAUUGCCUCAAACAAUUUCCAUUGAAUUCACACUUUAUGUUGCAGAACCUGAAUUUAAUGCAGAAAUGUGAUAUCCCAGUUUAACCCUAAAGGGGAUGUAGCAUGAAAAGCUAUUUUUGGUUUCCAAGUGUUCUGAGACAAAGAAAAAGUCAGAAAAGAUCCUCUAAACUUGUAACAGUAAGUAUUUUGGGGGGAUGGGAAUUUUGGUAGAUAUAGUAUGGACCUUCCUUUUACUUUAUCCAUAUGGGAAUUAUGAAGUUACACUGAACAUGUGUUACUUUUAUACUUAAAUAAGACUUAAAACAAAACAACUUAUUUGACAAGUUAGUAAAAGCAAAUUAGAUACAUCAGUUAAAUAAUCUUCUUAAAGAGGCCACUGAGCACUGAUUUGACCAAACCUGUAAUCAAAGUUUGAGUCUACUUGAAUUAUUUAGAAUUAGUAAUUAUAUUACUUCCUGCCUUGUUUGCCAAAGUUCAUUCUUUCAAAAAGCCACAAAUUUAUAAUACAAAUAACAAUAGUUAAAAAAUACAAAUAGUUCACAAUAAUUUCUCUCUUCUUCCAUAGGAAAAACCAAAACACACAACUGAGAAAUAACUAAGUCUGAUAUUAAGUUACUGAUAAACAAUUAAAAUUGUUGAGCUGUGCUACCCAAUUUGAGCAGUAGCCACAGGUAGCUAAAAAUAAUUAAAAUUCAGUUUUUCAGUCACAUGAGCCAUAUUACAAGUGCUCACCAGGUGGUUAGUGGUUACCUUAUUGGACAACAGAGUAUUUCCCUCAUUAUAGAACAUGCUAUUGGACAGCACUGCUCUAGUCCACAUAUUUUCCAUUUUUCCCUUCCCCAUAAUCUAAUGAAUAAUAGUUUGAAAUAGAAGUAACUCCAUUUGAAAUUAUUUUUUUGUGGUGCUAGGGAUUGAAUCUGGAGCCUUAUACAUGAUAGACAAGCUAUAUCCCCUGGCCUGAAAUUAGCUGUUUGAUUAGUUUGCUUAGUUGAUCAUGGGUAUAAAUCAUUUGUAUAUAAAAUUCAUUCAUUGCCCAAGGAUAAUUUACAUAACUAUUAAUUAAAAACCAUAUACUCAUGGACUUAUGAUUUAAUUCUCCAUGGAUCAUUAUUAGAUACAGAGUGACCUUAAUAGACUCUGGGGAACAAGUUACCUAAUACUGGGCUUGAGGCAUGGCUCAAGCAGUAGAGCACCAACUUUAUAAGCCUGAAGCCCUGAGUUCAAACCUCAGUACCAUCACCACCACCAAAACAAAAACAGAAAACACCUAAUGCCAAAUGGAAUCAACUAUAUUAGGAUUUCAUUUGCAAUGU